CUCUGCUCAGGCGCGCGCCGAGCAGCCGCAGGGUCCUGAGCGCAGAGGCAAGAUGGCGGCGCCCGCACUCGGGGUGCUGCGCGCGGCCCGCGGGGCUUGGCUGCCCGGGCUGAUCCAGGUGAGAUGGAGCCGGUACGCACCCGUUUUCCUUGAACCGGUGGUGAACAAGGAGAUGUUAUGCAAGCCGUUGACAGAGCUGUCCAAGGAAGAGAGAGAACAAUGGGAGUUCAAAACCACCUGCCCCAUAAAAGCUGCCCCUUCUUCUGUUACCAGCUCUGUGUUUAGUGACCCUCUGAUCAGCAAAUUCAUCAACAUGAUGAUCAAACACGGAAACAAAAUACUGGCCAGAAACAUCAUGAUGCAGACUCUAGAAACCAUUAAAAGGAAGCAGCUGAAGAAGUAUCACGAAGCAUCUGAGGAGGAAAAAGUGAACAUUGAGUGCAACCCAUAUACCAUCUUCCAUCAGGCAGUGAAUAACUGCAAGCCUAUCAUUGGACUUGAAAAAAUCAAGAGAGGUGGCAAAGUCUACCAGAUCCCCACCCCUAUUAAGAAAAACCAUCAGCGCUUCCUGGCCAUGAAGUGGCUGAUCACUGAGUCCAGGGAGAACAAGCACUAUCGGACGUUCAUGCCUGAGAAGCUGUCCCAGGAGCUGCUGCUGGCCUUCCGCAAUGACGGCCCUGUGAUCAAAAAGAAGCAGAACUUGCACAAGAUGGCAGAGGGCAACCGAGCCUUUGCCCACUUCCGCUGGGGAUAGGGGACUCGGUACCAAAGGACGUGGCUGUGGGCUGGGGAGCCCUUGCCUUAGGCAGGAAGAAAUUUCCUCCUACACUCAUUUCUCCUUAGGCCCAGCCCUGUAAAGAAACAUCCCAAAGCUGCUUUCUUUCAGACAGGCAGGUGCUAGUGUCAUUGUCCCCAAGCAGCUUCCAGGUUGGAUCUUCUAAGAGAAAAAGCAAGUUGAUGAAUAUGGUUAUGUGAGGUUUAACACUUUUCUGCCCCUUGGGGAUUAAACCCCCUGCUAGAGCCCUGUUGCCCUCUAAAUUCACACUUUGGUUAUUUUCAAAUAAUUUCCACAUACAGUGAAGCCCUUAGAAAAAAAAAACAUCUGAGGAAUGCUAUUAAGUAACUCUCCCUACCCCACCUGUCCACAUCUCGAGCAGGAGCAGGAGGGUGCAAGUCAAUCUGUUCCACGUGACUUGCUUGUUAGGAGUUGAGCCAGAGAAGAACAAGCUGGAAUUUGGUCUGCAGCAUGAACAGUCAGUGGUAGCUGUGCCAGACAGAGAUGAGUCCAGUCAGAUUCUCAGCCCACUGGAGUUGCAUCUCUUAGCAGAAUCAGUUUGAAAAAAUCUGACCUGAAUGUUACAAUGAGAAAAUAAAAAUGGGAUCUCCCUACCACUGUGCCUCUGUCUAACCACAUUCCAUGCAGGGCGGGAGGAAUUCUAUGCUGGUGUCAGUGGCCAGUCCUGAUCCAGUGCCUGUCACUCCUAAUCCACUGCCUCCAGGCCCCAGACCCCCAGUGUGGCUGGAGGGGAAGAGGGGCAUGGGGAGUCCCAAGCAGCCCCUUGCAGGCUGGAAUGCUGCCUGCCUGCAAAGGAAAAGCCACAGUUCACCACAUUUUUCUCCUUUGAAGGAGAAUCCAUUGUUAAAGUUUGUUUGCAACCCUUUCAUAUCUUCUUGUGACCCACUUUUGGGUUGCAACCCACAGGUUGAGCAACACUGUUCUAGACCCCUCUGUUUGACUGAAAUUAAUAUUAUAGUGCUUUCUCUCUGACUGUUCAUCUGCCCAGUAUUGAUGAGCACCUCUUCCACACCAGAGGACUAACCAACAUGUUACAGUCUUAAUGUCCCACACUACACCAUCUCUAGGACUCUACAAUAGGUCCACUCUGUAGAAAUGAUACAGCCAAAGCUUAGCAGAGAGCAUGCACAGCAUUCAUAAGUAGAAAGGUUUUAUUAGAAAAAGCAUCAUAAACCCACUUUUUUCUGCUCCUUUCUCUGCCUUUAUCAUCAUCACAAAUGUGCAGUGAUCAAGUUCACUCAGUUUUGUUCAGGAAAACCUUCUGUUGUGGUUACUGUAUAAAACUUAUAAAAACA